AUGGAGAUUGAGUCAUCAAAUCGAACGAAAACCGGCCUCAAAGGUAGCUGCUGGUGUGGUCGGAUUAAGUCCUUGCCCAUAAAGUUUAAGGACAAGGUGAUAGAGAUCAUGCAGAAAACAAAGAAGAUUGGACAAGAUGAUCCCAGAAAAAUUGUACAUGCCCUAAAAGUGGGACUAGCUCUCACAUUGGUGUCCAUGGUCUACCACGUUAGGCCUUUAUAUGAUGGUUUUGGGGAAUUUGGAAUGUGGGCCAUCUUAACUGUGGUGGUUGUUUUGGAAUUCACAGUUGGUGCGACCCUAUCUAAAGGUUUAAAUAGAGGUUUUGCAACAUUUCUAGCUGGUGCCUUAGGGGUUGGAGCUGUGCAGUUAGCCACCCUCUUUGGAGAGAAAGGACAGCCCAUUGUUCUUGCCUUUCUUGUCUUCCUCAUAGCUGCUGCAUCUACAUUUACAAGGUUUUUUCCACAUAUCAAGCAGAGGUAUGAUUACGGUGUGCUGAUAUUCAUAUUGACAUUCAGUUUGGUGACGGUGUCUGGUUAUCGAGUUGAGAAAAUAUUAGAGCUCGCCCACCACCGAGUAUCAACCAUAAUCCUUGGAGGUGCAACCUGUAUGAUCAUCUCAAUAUUUGUUUGCCCGGCAUGGGCUGGUGAGGAUCUUCACAAAUUGAUUGGUGUCAAUAUAGAAAGGCUUGGAAAUUUCUUAGAAGGUUUUGGAAGUGAAUAUUUAAAGCUUUGUGAGGAUGGAGGCAAUAAGCAAUUUCUUCAAGUGUAUAAAAGUGUCCUAAACACAAAAACAACUGAAGAAUCCUUGGCAAAUUUUGCAUGGUGGGAACCCUGUCAUGGUCGUUUCAGAUUACACCAUCCAUGGAAACAAUACUUGAAGAUUGGAGUCCUUGCCCGCCAAUGUGCCUACAAAAUUGAAGCUCUCAAUGGCUUUAUUAUAAACUCUGAUAACCAAGCACCAUCAGAAAUUCAAAGGAGAAUAAAAGCACCAUGCACAAAGAUGAGCUCAGAAUCCGGCAAGGCAUUGAAACAGCUAGCAUCAUCCAUCAGGACAAUGACACAGCCAUCCUCGCCAAAUCUACACGUCGAGAUCGCAAAAAUCGCAAUUGAUGAAUUCAAUAGUGCUAUGGAAGCUGCCUCACCAGAGAGCACACAACUCCUACAAGUUAUACCAUCCGUUACAGUUGCUUCAAUACUAAUCGAGAUCAUUAAUUGUGUUGAAAAAAUAGAGGAGUCCAUAAAUGAGCUUUCCCAACUGGCACAUUUCAAGAGUAGCGUGGAAUUGAGUACUGUGACACCUGAGAGACCACAGUUCCUUCAUCUCGGAAGCAUAAAACCGGUUCGCGAUGGCGAUGGCGAUGGCGAUGGUGAUGGUGGCCAUGUCGUUAUUACAGUACGUGGGACAUCUCCUGAUUCGCCUCAAGAGGGGAAUCCUCAAGCACUAAGGAAGAGCCAACCGGCGGAAGUCUAA